GAACAACCCAUUCCUGCAAUUAAAGGGGUCUUUUUCUUUCUUGCUUCAUCAUCUUCUUCAAUCGAUUCUUCCGAAUCGAUAUAAGAGAUCGAAAAUGGGGGUGGGUAACACCUUAUCAUCAAACUGCUCAAUCAUAGGAACAAAUGAUGGAUUUAUAGAUAGAGAGGUGUUCUUAAAUGUAUAUGAUCUUACCCCUCUUAAUUCUUACAGCAUCUGGUUAGGAUUUGGUGUUUUCCAUACUGGUAUCGAAGUUUAUGGUAUGGAAUAUGGAUUUGGAGCACACGAUUAUUCAAUUAGCGGGGUGUUCGAAGUUGAACCGAAGAGCUGCCCGGGUUUUAGCUACAGAUGUUCAAUUUCAUUAGGGCAUUUAAGCAUGUCGGCUUCAGAGUUUAGGGAAUUCAUCGAGGCCAUGGCUUCCGACUACCAUGGCGAUACUUAUCACCUCAUUUCCAAGAAUUGCAACCAUUUUUCAGACGAUAUCUCUCAACGGAUAACCGGUAAACGGAUCCCCGGGUGGGUCAAUCGGCUCGCUAAAAUAGGUGCCCUUUUCAGUUGUCUCCUUCCUGAAAGCCUUGAAGUAACUACUAUUAAACAGAUGCCAGAUUAUCAUACAUACGAAGAUUAUGGAAGUGAUUCCGCAUCGACUUCAAGUAGUCAUGAAGCUUCAGAAAACGAUGAGGUGGACCACAGAGUUUUACUUUCACCCGCAACUGAAAUAGUUUUAAUUAGAGAGGUACCAAGGUAAGAUAUAUCAUAUUCCAAUUUUGGCCUUGUGUCUUGGUUGUAUGGUCAAAAUCGUCAUUUCCAUGAUGUAAGAUCGUAGAAUCUUGAAAUAUUUGAGAUGAUCUUAUUACAUGAUGACUCAUGGAAAAUCCUCACAAACAUGACAUGUGUUUUGUUUCUUCCUCGGGUUUUGAGUGGUGGCGACUUUUUGCAUUUGCUUUAUAAUUUUUUGUAAUUAUUGGUUUCAUGUAUGCACGAGCGUGUUUGUAUGAUACAAUCGUUGUAAUAAAUUAUUAUUUUCGAUGAAGGGUUUUGUUUUGUUUCUAAUCGUU